AAUCGGGAAGAGUACUUUCAAUGUGUGGAGGGGGUACUUGCAUUUUACAUAACACAUAACUGCUGUCCUCAUUAGAAGGGGGUUGCCCUUAAUCUUGCAUAAUAAUAAUAAUUCUUAUAUAUAUCUGCCCAUGGUGAUGCCCCCCCCUCGCACCCCCAGGGAUGAAGGAGCUAGCCGGGAUACAGACAGAUAGAUAGUUGGAACUCGUUUAUAUACAUUUGGGGUAACAAUCCUGCGUAGUUUAUAAAGUAAGAAGCAUUUCCAGCUGAUCCAUGACGCUUUUUUUUAACCUUCAUUAACCUUAAGAAGUGUUUCCUUAAACAUCGGAGACAUUCAAAUGAAAUAUCUCCAAAUUUCUGUAUACUUAAUUAGACACAAUUGGCUUGAAAAGUAACCUUAGCUGUCAGAGUUGCAUGAAAUAGAAAUCCUCAAUUAAAUUUAAAGUGACAAGAAAUCUAAUUAACAUGGACAGUAACAGUACAUGUAUGCGUUGCAUAAACCUCAGUGUUGUUUGGUGUUGGUAUUUUCCUAUCAUUUGGUGUUUGUUUGUGAUAACAUAUUCCAAACAUGUAAAACCAACCUCGCGAUUCAAUAAUUCAUUUGAACUGAAUGAAUUAUUAAAAUAUGCGCGUCAAUCAGCGGCUGUCGGAAAAAAGGAAAUACCGGGAGCGCGUCUCCUUCCAUCCAAUGGGACAACGAGAUCCCGCCCCCCCCGCCGAGCUUCGACCAAUCAGAGCGACGCUCCCUCCAUUUCCUGUUGUGCUCUCAGGAGUCAGACCGUUCCUCGGGACCAGGGAUGGGAAUUAAACCCAUGGAGCCGGAAUACGCAUGAAUGACUCCGCUCUUCGUCUCCAUGAGGUGUUGCUCGUGACCGAGCUGCGUCUCGCGGGUACCGGAGAUGGCGCGGAUCGGCGGCUGCACCUGAUGUCACGUCGCGCGUGUUGAUAUUCCCUUGACAACCGCGGAUCGGACACCUACAUCCAGGGGCCACCAUGCCCAUCACGCUGCUGUGGGCCGUGGAUGUGUACGGCAGGGUGUACAGCCUCUCCACAGCUGGCCAGCGGUGGGUGCGUGCAGAUGACACGCUGCUGGAGCUGAAGCGCGUCACAGCGGGGAAGGACCGCUGCUGGGGCAUCGGCUGCGACCACCACGUUUACCUCAACAUGAUGCCCAGCGAGACCUCCAUCCGCUACCGGGAGGAGACUUAUGAAAACCAGAGGUGGAACCCGGUCGACAGCUUCACUGACACACUGCUGCCCACCGACCGCUGGCCGUGGAGCGACGUGACCGGGAUGAAUCCUCAACCGCUCCACAGCUUUCAGCUGCCUUCCCGCAGCUGGGAUUGGGAGGGGGACUGGUACGUGGAUCAGAGCUGUGGAGAACCCAGCCAGACUGGGGGCUGGGAGUACGCAGUCGACUUCCCCGCCAACUUCUCCCCGGAUAAGAAGUGGAACUCUUGUGUCCGUCGCAGGCGGUGGAUCCGCUACAGGAGAUACACAGCACAAGGCACCUGGGCGAAGAUCCCCCUGGACAGUCCCAGGAAGCCGCUGCUGCCGCUCUGUGACAUAAGCUGCGGUGGCUGGCAGAUGAGCGACCAGUCUGGAAGGUAUCCCUACCUGUGGGGCGUGUCCCAACAAGGAGAGGUGUGGUUCAGGGAGGGGAUCCAUCCCCGGGUCCCGGAGGGUUCCGGCUGGGAGGAAGUGGAAGUGCUCAAGGAGGUGGCUCAGUUGUCGGCCGGCCCCGGGGACCUCCUGUGGGCGUUACUGUGGGAUGGGAACCUGCUGGUCCGUACUGGCCUCAGCCUGGACUGCCCCACUGGCACAUCGUGGGUGGAGCUGGAAUCACCGGGAAAGGAGAUCGAAGCGCUCCACGUGGCGGUUGGAGUUAGUGUGGUCUGGGUGGUCACUAAAGACUACAAGGUGUGGUUCAGGCGGGGCGUGAACUCCCACAACCCCUGCGGGUCCGGUUGGAUCAGCAUCGGAGGGGAGAUGAUGGUGGUGGACGUGGGACUCAAUGAGCAGGUGUGGGCGGUGGGCGAGGACCGAGGCCUGUAUUUCAGGAUGGGCGUCACGCCGUCCGAACCCAGCGGGAGCGGCUGGAUUCCUGUUUCCGCUCAAUGGGGGAAUAGCAAAGAGGUUAUCCCGCCCGGGAAGGAGUGUGAGUUGGGUGACCGGCGGGCGGAGGCCUCAAAAAGCUCCCUUCUGAGCUGCACCGACUCCGACUCCGAGUCGGGUCCUGCCGACGCGCAGAGCGCCACUAAAGACUUUCCAGUCCUCGAAGCAGCAGCCUCAUCGGUUGUCCCCCUGGGGGGAAACGACUCACCUCCUCCGAAGACCGGGGAUCCUCCCCCGGCCGUCCACCAGGACGCCCCCAGGCCGUUCAUCCCUGCGAGCGACAGCUUCAUCAACAGCCUGGUGUCGGACCGCGACAAGACCGCCGCUCCGCAAGUCCCCGUCACGGAGGCGCCGCGGGAGGGAGUCCAGGAGCUGUCCCCGGCGCCCAUCCUCCCGACCCCCGAGACCACAGGACACGACGUCCCCUGGAUGAACGUGGAUUUGGAGGCGCGAUGUGCGCAGGCGGCGGGGCUGUCGCCGGGCGCCGCGGGGACCCUGGAGACCUCCCGCGGCGUCGGGGAAGAGGACGCACCGGUGUGGAGCUGGAUCUCCGGUGGGGGCUGCGACGUGGACGCAAGUUCGCAGAUCAGCUGGCUAAGUCCCACAGGUCCUCUCAGCAGCUCCCUGUCCCUGACUCCCGUGCAGUCGGCGGCGUGGAGCGAACAGCCGCAGCAGCAGCAGCAGGAGAGCCGAGGGGAGAUCAGCAAGAAGCCGCUGGAGAGAAGCCACUCCGUGUGGGUGCGUAAAGGUGCGUUGCGCUGGUGGAGGGACUGGAAGCCUCAGCGCUGGGUGGACGUGGCCGUCGCUCUCGAGCAGUCCACCAAGUCCGACGGGAGGAAGGACAGCAUUUUCUUUGUCUACUACACGCAGUACGAUGAGAAAAAGUACCUUCAUGUGUUUAUACACGAAGUCACAGCGCUGGUGCCGGUGCUCAUGGACUGCCACUAUGCCUUUGCUGUCUACACCACGCAGAGGACCCAACAGAGGUGGCCCCUGGUUCUGGCAGCACAAACCCAAACGGACAUGAAGGAUUGGUUGAGCCUGUUGUCUGACUGUUGCUGUGAGUGUCGAGGGAUCGAUGGACCCCCGUCCAGACAGGCCCUGUGGUCCACCACCUCCACGGGAGAAAUCAUGGUCCACGAGCCGUCCUUCUCUCUGGAAGCCGCCGCGCACACCCUGGCCUGUGACCUCAUGUUCUGGCGGCAGGUCCCGGGUCACCUGCGCUGCGUAGAGUCUAACAGUCUGGGGCUGGUGUGGGGCAUCGGGUGGGACGGCACCGCCUGGGUCUACAGCGGGCGCUGUGGGCAACAGCCCAUCCCGGGAGAUGCAGCUGAGCGGCACCAGCAGAGCGACGUGCGGAGUGUCCAUGUGUACGAGAACCAGAGGUGGAACCCCAUGACAGGAUACACAGACAAAGGACUUCCAACUGACCGCCCGAUGUGGAGCGAUGAGGGCGGGCUGCAGGAACGCACCAGAGGGAACACGCACCCGCCCUCCCCGCAGUGGUCCUGGGCGUCCGAGUGGGCUGUGGACUACGACGUCCCCGGGGGGACGGACCAAGAAGGCUGGCAGUACGCGGCGGACUUCCCCACGACGUUUCAUGGCCACAAAGCCAUGAAAGACUUUGUCAGGCGCAGGCGAUGGACGAGGAAGUGUACGAUCACGUUGACGGGCCCGUGGCAACGGGUCCCGCCCAUCCGCCUGAGUGACAUCUCUCUGAUGCCCUGCCUGGCCCACAGCAGCAUGGAGCAGGUCCCCGUCUGGGCCCUCAGCGACAAGGGGGACGUCUUGUGCCGACUGGGCGUCACGCCCCAAAACGCCGCGGGCAGCUCCUGGCUGCACGUGGGCACGGACCAGCCCUUCAAGUCCAUCUCCAUCGGCGGCGCCAACCAGGUGUGGGCCAUCGCCAAGGACGGAGAGGUGUUCUACAGGGGCUCCGUGUCCCCGCAGAACCCCGCGGGAGAAUGCUGGUACCACAUCCCGUGCCCCCCCAGGCAGACUCUCAGGCAGCUGUCGGUGGGGAGGACCUCCGUCUUUGCUGUGGAUGACAACAGUAACUUGUGGUUCAGGCAGGGCCUCACCCCCAGCUACCCGCAGGGCUCCGCCUGGGAGCUCAUCUCUAACAACGUCACCAAGGUCUCCGUGGGACCGCUGGACCAGGUGUGGAUCAUAGCAGAGGGAGUCCCGGGCUUCCCGGCUGAGACUCCUGGAGCUGUCUGCCACAGGCUGGGGGUGGGACCCAUGCAGCCCAGGGGACAGUCCUGGGACUACGGCAUAGGGGGAGGAUGGGAGCACAUCAGCGUGAGGGGGAACUCUGCGGAGGCUCCUCGCGGCCCCCAUCCCGGCCCCGUCGGAGCCCCGCGCAGCCCGCUGCCCCCCGCGCAGGUGAACGGCAGCGCGGUGGGCGUGUAGCUGGAUCCACAUCCGGCUCCUCGGGCGCUUACUGCCCCUUCGUGUGAAGGGAACGCACAAUCACGACCCCGGAUCCCGUAGGUGUUGGGAUGGGAAAAGGGAGAACGAGAGCAUUUAAGGGAUCUUGUUGUGCGGUGAAAACGUAAAAGUUAGUGCACGUUUUUGGCUGUUGGGAUCCAGCAACAGCUUCUAUUUGUCCACACGGUAUCCUGUGAUAACCUGAGCGGGGGGGACUUUUCGAUAAAGGGCUAAGGCUACUGAACGAACUUGUCUGCAAACACACAAUCCCACCGUUGUCUAAAUGAGCUCAGUUACUAGAAGCUUGUUUUGUUUUGUGUUUGUUUUGGGCUGGUUACAUAUUUGUUCGUGCUUUUUGAUUUAUUUAUUAACUUAUGUGUUUAUUUUAUUUAUUUGCAAUGGCGUUUUUGGUUUUUGUUGACCAUAUUGCUACUUCAAACCUUCCCAAAUAUUUAAGGCUUUUUCAAAAAACAGCCUUCCCAAUGCAACAUUCCGUCUACAUUAAGACGCCCCUCCAUCCUGCUGCAGUAUGACAGUUCUUCCUGUGAGUAUCGUAUCCACCUACAUUACUGCGACUGUUGUCAUUUCAGCUCCGGAUGUCACCAAUGACAUUCAUCUUAAGGGCAUCGAAAUGUGAAAUAAAAGAAAUAUUGAUUUA